ACGCAACGGUCACACGAUUGGGCCAGUCCGAAAUACCGGUUCACCAGGGAGCAGAAGAGGGCAUGGAGGGUGUUAGUAGUCGAGGCGAGGAAGGAGGCCGAAGGAGAGAGCGGGGAAGAGAGCGAGGAAGAGGAAGAGGAGGAAAGCAGCUAG